UAGAUUGAUUGAGACAUCUUAGGUGGAGCGCAGGGAUAUUUGUCAGUGAGACACAAUUCCUUCUCUUCUAGACUUUUACUUCUUCCUUCACAUUCCACAAUACAAUAAAAUACAAUACAAAUUCAUCACCACACUCACCAAAUAUAACCUUUUCUUUUUCAAAAUGCAAGACUCACCUUCCACCGCCCCCGCUGGUGGCAGGUUUUUCGGCGGAGGAGUCGGAGACAGGAGGCUCAGGCCUCACAACCAGCACCAGGAACCGUUGAAAUGCCCUCGCUGUGAUUCGCUCAACACUAAGUUCUGCUAUUACAACAACUACAACCUCUCUCAGCCGCGCCACUUCUGCAAGAACUGUCGCCGCUACUGGACCAACGGCGGCGUCCUCCGUAACGUCCCCGUCGGCGGAGGUUGUCGGAAAUCCAAAUCCAAGCGCUCCAACGCGAAGUCCAAGAAAAGCAACAACAACAACUGCUCCUCCUCUUUGGAAGCCGCUCCGGAAACAACAACACCGCAACCGCAAUUGCCGGAGGGAAAUUCGAACUCGAACUCAAACUCUGGCAGCGAAAGCUCCAGCCUCACCGCCAUCGCCACUAGCUCCGCCACCACGGAGGCGGCGUCUGCGGCGACGUCAAACGCUGCGUUGAGCAAGAAUCCGGUCCCCGACGAGAACGUGAAUAACUCUAACUUCACUGGUGGCGGUGGUUAUUACGGUGGCUUCUCUGACAUAGGAACAUUCACGAGCCUUAUGAGUUCAGCAAACGAAACGAUGUCGUUUGGUUUUGAAAACAAUGUUAACGUUCUCGAUGCGACGUCGUUUCGUUUCGGUAACGAUGAUGGCGGGUGGCUGCAGCAGAAAGUUAUCGGAAAUGGAAGCGACGAUCGGCGUAAUAAUAAUAAUAAUAAUAAUCAGGAGUUUGCAUCGGAGCCGUUGAUGCUGGAUCAGACGGGUCCUGUUGAGUUGUCGUCGCUGCAGAAUGGGAAAGUUGGCAACGGAGGAUGUGGACCGUUGGAUUGGCAUGCAGCUGGUGGUGAUGGUUCUGAUCAUGAUCAUGAUUUGUUUGAUCUUACUAGCGCCGUUGAUCAGAGUUACUGGACCCACACUCACUGGUCUGAUCAAGAUAACAAUCCAAAUCUCUUUCAUCUUCCUUGAAAUCCCUGAAGGAAUAAGGAAUUCCUCUUUUACCUUUUUUUUUUGGGAGUUUUAACUUUUAACGUAGGGAAAGAGCAAAGAAUAUUGGAAACUGAAUUCAAAGUGUGGAAAACAAGUUAGGAUGGUAUAAUUACGUGAUGUAAUUUUUUGGUUUCUUUUUUUUACUUUUAAUAGGAGGUCAAUUACUCAAUUUGGUUUGGGCUUGACCUUAAUUACUAAGGAGCUUGAGUAACUAACUUUAUUAUUUUGCUUGUUUUAUGUUUUGAUCGAUAUACAUUGGUAAAUUGUGUGUUCGGUUACCUUGAUAUUGUUGGAAUGGGGUAUAGUAUAUUAUUGGAGUCUUCUUCUUUUGGUGAGUUUUGAAAAUGAGAUACUACUACUAGAUUAUUCAUGCUGUUAGUUAGUAUAUAUGCCACGU